GCCGGUGACUUUCGAGGACGUGAUGAUGUUCCUGGACCGGGCCGAGUGGGACGCGCUCCCGGAGGGGCAGCGGCAGCUGUACCGCGAUGUCGUGGCAGACACCUACGAGCUCCUGACCUCCCUGGGUUAUCCAGGCCCCAAGCCCGACAUCCUGCACCGGCUGGAGCGCGGGGAAGAGCCCUGGAUCUACCCAUCCCCAGGACACACCGGGAGCUGGCUGGAGGAGCCUUCCUCUGGCUGGUGGCCUGAAACCAGCGGGUACCAGGAGCCAGAGACCUCUUAUCCAGGUUGGAGCACGUUGUGGUGUCUCCAGGACAGGAGGUUCCAGAAGUUUGACUGUCACAAGGGAAGGAGUGAGUUUGUGUCGGUAGCGGACAGUGGAGUGGGGACCCAAGCCCAGCCAUGGCUUGUGAAGGAGGAAGUGGAGGAUAAACUUGAACUCACGGAAGACCUAACCCAGAGUGAGACAUUCCUGCUUCAUUCCGUGUUGGAACAGCAGAGCCUGGAUCCUUGGGAACAGCUGUGGGAUGACCUCAGGGAGCGGAAUCACGGGAACGCUCAAAACCACGGACACACUUUGGGAGAGGCGACGCUUCUGGCAGGAACCGGGGAGCUGAGGGUGGAGGAGCGGAGAGCGGCGGUUGGGAUUUUGGGAAGUGGGGCUUCACCCCCCGCCCCAAUCGUGGCUGAAGGGGUGAGGAAAGGAGCAAAGCCUGUGGAGGAUCCCGGAGACAACCGGGAGUUGGAAAGAGGCGCAGGACCCCGGAAAUCCCGGGUGUCGGUGAUCCAGGACAUGAUCCAGGAUGUGCUGAAGGUGGUCGGGUACAUGUUGGAAUCCCUGUGCCAGAGGUUCGAGGUCCAGGGGUUCUCCCAGGUGAAGAGCAUCUGGCCCAUUGUCAUCCAGAUCGACAACUUGACGGAGAUCGAGAAGCCCUGA